AUGCCUUCCAUCUUUGGGUUGGGUAAUCAGUACUUUGGCGGAAGGAUGCCCUUCCCUCGAGUCGAAGGAGCGAGAAAUUUGGCGACCUCGCACUGGCCUCAGCUUGACGGGAACAUGGCACUCGCAGCACAAAUCGAUGCAGACAAGGCAGGGUUGAACGAUGGUGCUCUUUCCGUAUGGCUGCAGAGAGCUGCAAUUGCUGUGGCAGAAUGGUGGUCAGUUCAUACAUGUCUUCCAGCUUGCUACUUUUUCUCCUAUCCCUCAAACAAACUCAUCUGGGCCGGCAACACCGUCACUAUGCUCCGUUGUCCUCCAAGUGUUGUCAAACUUGACUCCACCGACAUUAUUGACUUUGAAUACAGACAUGCUGUUCGUCAGCAAACCCGUCUUCUCGCCGGGCCCAACAUCCGCCUGAGUCCUGGACCCGGUCAUCAGAUCCGUCUGGCUGUCGUCUCUGAGGAUCACAACGUUGGCCGUCACAGGGCAAUCUCAUCUUCCUCCCGUGCGACAAUCUGCAGCGCUGAGGACGAAACGCUUGACGAGUCUCAAGUAGCAGCGGCGACCGAGGCAUCCAUUGGCACAUGGACCGUAUCCACGCCUUCGAACGUGCUCCUUGCAAGCUCUGUACAGCAUAGGCGCUGUUUGGAAGUGACAGCCACUCCAGACACCGCGGCCCUGCAGCGGACGCCGCCGUUACUGUUGAAUGCGGUGAACGACUGCCUUCGCAGCACUACACAUGCAUACGGUGGCGUAGUGCAAGCCAGCAGUGUUAGCAACUUGUGCGUUGACGGCGCGGCGGAGUGUUCGGCCAUGCGCUCAUCAGCAGUCCACGCUGACGCUAGAGCUCCAACUCCGGCCGCGUAUUGCAUCAGUGCCGCUCCAGCAAGCACACCUCGCAGGCGACUUCCUGCGAUGUUCUCUAGCGCCAGGGCUCGCCGACGCCAUGCACAUAGCCGAGAUGUUCACGUCCCUGCCGAGGACCCACUCUUCCAACGGUGGAUCGAGAGACGCAACGUUGCAGAGUCGCCAGAAGCUGGCAGCAAUUUCGCGGAGAUAUCAUCCCCCGUGCCUGAGUUGAUCAUUACUGAGGAACAAACGCACGACAACGCCACCUUAGACCCAGCCGCGCCCGUCUUCGUGCCUCGCACUCGCUUCGGUACAGCUACUGCCUCCUCUGACGAUAGUUGGACAAUCGCCAAUCUUGACCUUCGCUGGGGUACCGUGGACAGCACACGCAGCUCGACAGAUCUGCGUCUUCGCUCAUCGUCCGAACAGAACCUCGAGCCUGCCAUGAGGCAUCGCCGCCGUGCAGGUCUACGUAAUCAUCAGCAGCACGGUUCGGCUUAUCGAAUGCAGGAUGAAACGACCGAGCAAAACCAGGCAGGACCAAAUCUUGAGCGGUACCCUUUGCUUCGCCCGUCUCAUCGACUAGCGGUUUCGAGAAGAAACAGCGGUUCCCAUCGGCCUGUGCCGAGCGCAGGACGGCGCACCUCUCGUGCCCCGUCAGCUUAUGCGCUACGAGCUCCGUCUGCAGCGCAUGCGGCGCACAUUCAAGCACGUAAUCUUUUUGCGGGAGAGGCAGUACCUCACCUGGCUGAGGAGCAGGCGUAUGCUGAGCGAACUCGCGUGACAUCUACAUCGACACUUUCGGUAAGCGCAGCAUCAUCUGCGUCGGCUCUGUUCCGACCACGACAUCCACAACCACCCAUCAGCACGCGAUCCAGCUCGCUAGCAAGCAUCAGCGCUGUCAGCUCACCCCUGCGGCGCAUACCAAGCAUGGUUAGCGCAGCGAGCGGAAUCAGCAGUGCACCUCCCAGCCGACAUUGUUCGACAGAGGGUUUCAAUGCUGCGGCCGAACUCCUGCGUAUGCGCGGCUCACCGCUCGACGAUCUCACCGAGCGUCUCAGUCGUGUGCAUCCUGGCAGACCCAGAUCGUUCGGCCGUUCUUGGGAGGGUGCUGGUCGAAGUCGUGCAAGAGUCUCGCUUCUCACUGGCAAUCCGUUCCAGCAGGACAGUGACUCCGCAACACCCGAACCACGAUCGCCAAUGGCAGCCUCUAAUGUGUCGUUAGCGUCUCGAGCAGACACGCCUGUAGCUCAUGGCAUUGUUCCUGCACCAGAGAUCAUGCCCUCUUUGCCACAGCCUGUCGAGCUACCAGGCUCACUUCCUAUUCACCGCACUUCACUGCCAGUGCCCAGCACGCCGCCCGUGGUAAUGCACGUUCGCCAAAUCUCCAGUCCUCGAUCACCACUUGCUGAUCUCUCGCCUGGGAAGACGCGCGGUAUAAUUGGCAGUCUCCUUCCCCGCAAGCCCGCAACUGCGACUACCACAACUCCCAAAGUGGCCGUCUAUGAUGACUCUCUCGUACCGCAAACGCAGCCACAGACCCCUGCAGAUAUAACUCGGUCUACAAGGCGUACCCGGAUUCGAUCUGACACUGCGUUAAAACGAACAGACUCUGACAGGACUACUGUGUCUGCGCCAUCACGCCAUGUGCAGCGCAACACAUACCCCUCAACAGUCCCAAUCCAACAAUCCAGCGAGCCUCCCCCCUUUCACGAGGUGAUCACUCCGGCCCCUGCGGUUGCGGCUCGCAAUGCACAUGCUGGAAGCAGUGUACAACAUCAUAGAACAGUACGGCGCAGCGAUGAGAACGAGCUGGAGGCAAACCUGCCCAGUCUCCAGGACGAACGCCGUACAUGGCUCGAACGGCGCGAAGCAGGUUCGCUCGAGAUUACGCCCCCGGGUGAAGGCCGUUUCGAACGGUAUCUGUCCUAG